AUGCAUUGCGUCGCGCAACCCAAACAAUGGGAGCUGGGACUGUUCGAUAGCUUACUUCUGUUCUGGGAUAUCGGCAUCGUAUUGAGAGCACGCAGUUCGAUAUUUACCCGCGGUGAAAGCCAGAGUGCCUUGACAACACUCUCAGUCUACCAUAUUGCACGGAGCUUUCCCACCAAGGAAUCCGAGUACGAGUUUUUCCAGGCGCUGGACGACAUUCUCAGACCUAUCCUCAAGCCAAAGGGCAUUGAAUGGGAACUUGGGAUCUAUGAAGCUUCUCGUGACUUGUGGAGAGUCAACGGUUUGAUUGCGCCUGAAACCGGUUCUGCUACGGAGAAGGAAUGGUUCGAUGCCAAUCGAAUUGUCAACGAGGAGGGGUUGCUAAAGUCCAAGCCCAUGCUUGAGGAACAAAUUUCCAAGGAUGGGAGGAGGUAUUAG